AGAAGACACGAAUAAAACAUAUCAAGAGCAGGGCUGUAGUAGACGACCCUUUGGAUUUAGAGAAUACAGAAAAUUUGUUGUUCACGAUUCUAUCACCAAGUUUAUUGUUUCAUCUUUCUCAAACAUGCGUCGCUCCGUCUCCCACGGCCGGCCCAUUUCUCCGGAUAAGGCUACCCAAGUCCACCAGGGCCGGUCGGGUUGGAGAAAAGUGGCGAAAACGCCGGAAGACCUGCUCUACGAAGCACGGAUACACUACCUGAAGGAGAGGAUUGACGAGGGGCUGCUGCACUACAGUUCUGCGGCGACACAGGAGCGGGGAUGGAAAAUUUUGCACGCGCUGGCGGAGGACCAUUUGACCGGUACAGAAGAGAAAAUGAUCCCUUUGCAGCUUGUUAGUGUCUUCCUCCUCGUGUAAUUUUUUGCCAUGCUAGAAGCUUGCCAUCAUGAAUUGUCUGGUUUUUUUAUCAUGAUUAUGUGAGAAGCUUGCCAAUGAAAUAACAAGGUGACACGGUGUGGACGUUUCUGGAGCUGGUUUUCCUGAGUCGUGAGCAACAGAAGAAGAAGCUCGCGAAACUGCAACUUCGGGAGAAGUACGAGCGGCACCUGGCCGCGUUGGACGAGAUCCACAUCCGGAAGUAUCAAAUGCAAAAAUGUCUGGGUCUGGAAGAAUGCAAGACUUGUCAUGCAUAUUUCUCCUGACCCAUGAAGCCUGUAAUGCAUGACCUAGCAUCGCAGACUUUUAAAGGGCUUCCUGAUGCACCUUCCGCAUGAGAAAUGCCCUGUCCGUUUAGCACAAAUUGCACCCCUCUUGCUGGUCAUGCAAUGCAAUUUUUUUUUUUUUUAGAGUCCAAAAACAGCAUGACAAGUUGCAAUCUUCCAGACCCAGACACUUUUGCACUUGAUAGAAAGGAGUUGAAAAUCACGGAAAAGCGGUCCUUAAGCCUGCUCUGGCUCUUCCCGGUAAUUUGCGAGCAAUGCUGCUACGAGCUGAUUGGAGGCAUCACCGACGUCGCGAACCCGAUGGGUUUGCAGCUGAUGGAGUCCUCGGGGAAGAUCAUGUCGAAGCCCAACACGCUCGCGAUUUCCAGUAAACCAGACUCCUUUCACAGGUUACUGUUGGACGGAUUCUUAACCGACCCGGACGGGACCCUUGCUGCGCGAAUUUUGGUCGAGGGCUACGUGAUUCUCAAUCGGGUGUGGACCACGCAGGGGAAGCCGCCGAUUCUGUCCGGGCCCUGGAAGCGCAGUCAGAGGAACGUUGGCACGUUUGAACACGUACAGCUGAUCGACCAGAAAAACAGCUGGAAUUUGCAGAUCUACAACCGGUUCGUGAAACCCAUUUUCCAAGCCAUUGCCAUGCAGACGCAGGAGCUGCUGAGCGGCAACUGCGAAAUAGAUUUCGGCGGCGGCAAUUUCUCAAACAGCCGAUCAAAUAGCUCUGCGAAUCUCCUGCAAAGUAGUAGGCCGAAGACAAGUAGCGUCUAUCGGUCGAGUCGAAACAACUCGACGACGUCGUUACAACAAAACAAUCGCACGAGACCGUCCUCCCGAAUGUCGCCUAUACGAAUGCGGAAUCUCCCCUCGCCACGCGGCGAAGAGUUCAACGACACGAGAACACCGAAAAGGCUGCAUCAUGAGCAAUUGGAACUCCAGUGCUGGAACGGAUCCUUGACGUUGAUCUGCCUCACUCGGGAACUACUUUUCCAGUACAAGGCGGACGUCACAAGGACGCAACAACUCCGGGACUUGCUGAUGGAGCACGCCAGCGCGGUGUUUGAGAAUUUGACAAUAGUUUCCGACGCGUUCAAGUGUUCUAUCGCGAAAGGCACGAUUUUGGACGAAGCGGAGCGACUCGGUGUGCCCGUCGACAACGCGAUGCUGGACCCGAGCGACCGGAAGGCCUUGCUGGUGAACGACAUCGCGAACUCCAGCCACUUUCUCGCACAGGAGAACGGUCGUGGUCGUGGGAAUAAGAACAACAAUGCCCCCUCUCCGCCGAAGUACCUGGGAAAGCGGAAUUCCAUCGGCCGCGCGCAGACCGCGAAACGGGAGAAACAGUGGAGGGAAAAGAUGCACGCGAUUGCGCAGCUGGGGUUUUUGCACUGCGUCGGACAGUACCUGGCGGUCUACCUCUGGCCCCGGCGGUUUUUGCUGCAGGUCGCGGCGAUUUGCGUGCAUUUGCUCCGGAACGCGCACAAAGUGUCUUCUACGAGGGAUCUGUGCGUCGUCGCCUGUGUUUGCUUGACGCACAUCGGGUCCUUCCUGCUGCUGCAAGCCGCGACGCCACCGGAGGAGGAGAAGGAAGAGGAAGACUCUGACGAUGAUGGUACAACUUCUACCCAGCCUGGUUCUAGGAAUAGAAAAUCGUCACGGCAGAAAGCCCAAAUGGCGGGGGAGCAGCUGGCGCAGAACGGAUUUGCCGACUACGAUCAGAACGAUCCGCGGUUGUUGAGAACGGACUUGGAGAACGCCGACGGCACCACCUGUCCCUCGAGUUACUGGGACGUCGUCAACCCAAAUUGCCCACGAGAUGAAGAUGAGUACGACGAUGAUGAAAAUGCUGAACAGUAUGAAAGCUUCGAUAUUAACGAUGAAAACAGAAACAACGUUGAAACGCAUCUCAUGAACGACGACGCCUUUGACGACAUUGACCCCUACCAGCCGCCAAAACCGCCAGUGAGAAAGAAGAAGAAAAAACCGAAGAAGAAACAAUCGAAACCCAAGCAAUUGGAAAACGAGGACGCAACGCUAUUGCUCCAGCUCGCGCCGGUGAUUCAGUCCUUGAUGAAGCCGGAAACUAACCCGGAACUGUUCCAGCACAUGCGCGGGGAGGCGGAUGGUAGACUCCGGAAGUGCGUGGACAGUUGCUACGGCGCUUGGAAGCUGUUGGAGCAGGAGAGGCAGAAGAGAAGGGCGCUGCUGCGGAAGAAGUUUUCGGCGGAUUAUGAUUCCAGAGGUACUUCUAGCGUUGACCACAAUAAACCGGAUCCAAAACUGCUGAAGGACGACGACCCCGACCACCCGGAUUUUCCCCCGCAACCCGCGACCUCCGGGAACGCGAAUGUAUCGAAGGAACGGAACAGCAGCGGGCUCUUCGCUUUCACGAAGAACGGAAAUUCGCCGAUGAACCAGCGGAAAAAGCACGAUCGAACGCGGUCGGACAGAUUUGAAAAGAAGAUGACCAAUGAGAACUACUCGCUCCGAACCGCCAUGGACAACCUGAUCGCGGAAUGCGAGCCAGUAAACCCGGUUCCGGACAUGCUCGGCGAUCCAGAUUUGCUGGUGACGGAUCAAAAUGGACUGGAUGAGGACAACGACUUCCAAGCGACGCAGCGACGACCGCUGCCGGCGACAGCGUCGAGCAGUCUGUUCCUGGACGCAGAGGGACGGAUAAUGAAUGACGAGGAGCUACUUCAGGACGAAACGGAAGCGCAGCAAGUUGCGAGCGGUAUUCGGAACGUCCGCACGCGUCCCACCGUGUUGCAGCAAGCAACUGCGCAGGGCGAUUUCAUGGCAGCAGGAGGCGGAAACAACUUCUCUCGCGGUGGAACAAGUCGCCGCGCUAGUGAAAUAAACGCACCGGCACCUCCUCCGCUGGGGACGACGACGAACAGCGCGUUUCGGAACAGCACAGCGACCAGGCGCCACAGCGAUUUGUCCAACAGCGCGAGUGCGAAAACGUUACGGUUCGCAGACGAGAAUGAGAAUGAUGACGCUGUGGAUAUUUUUCAGCUCCCCAGCUCCACGCCCAAUUCCAAUGCGACGAUCGCGCCGAUUCCCAACCGCGGCCCGGUCUCCUCCUACGCGCAGAAGAAGCAGAUGCUGUUGGACUAUCAAAUGUAAAAGUGUCUGGGUCUGGAAGAAUGCAACUAGUCAUGCUAAAUCUGAAGCAUGCAAAAAUCUGUGUUGCAUGAUUACCAAAAGUCGUCCAGUUUUGACAAAGUCGGGAGGGAGUUUCUCAUGCAGGAUAGGCAUGAGAGGGAUCGCGCACAAUUUGUCAUGCUAGGUCCUGCAUUCCAGACCUCAUGGGUCACGGAAAAGCUGCAUGACAAAUCUCGCAUUCUUGCAGACCCAGACAUUUUUGCAUUUGAUAUGGACCCGCUUGACCCGAUUCAAGACUCCCCGAGAAGCCCCGGCAGGAGGAAGAAACUGAACGAGGAGCUCUUCAAGCGAAACAAACUCGAGGGCACCCCGAUCCCAAACCCGCCGGAGGAGUUAGAGAAUAGUGAAUCGCGGAGACAAAUCCGGCCACUGUCCCCGCAACUGGUGAAGUCAAAUACGCAAAGUGCGCUGAAGGUGAAACAGGACGGCAGCUACAUGUCGCCGCAGCAGCUCGGGAAAAAGAAGAGACUGGAUGAGAAAGACAGUAAGAACAUCGCGGAUUUCAAAACGCCGUUUGAAAAAGUGCAAGACUGCAUCCGCGGGGGGGUCUUGGAUGAAGCGUUUUUGCUUGUCCUGCAGUACGGCCACGAGGAAAUGCUGUUUCAGUUUUUGGAAGAGCUGGACCUGACGGAGAAGCUCUUGGAAAAUGACAACGGCUUUCCCAACGACGACGAUGUGAAUCCCAACCCGAACAACGCUGGCUCUUCCGGAUUCAACCGGAAUUCCAGCGAAGUGCUCCAAGGAUUGAGCAUAAUGGACCCGUUGCAAACCGACGCGGACGAGGAGGAGUUUUCCACGAGGAAUAACUACAGGACAAGAAGCAAAACGGGGUCGUUCGUCACGGGGUUGUCUGCGAAGGAAUGGAAUAAGCAAAGCAGGACCAACGCAGCAAAGCAAAAAACCGACACAACCGAGGACGAAAACGGCAUCAACACGAAAGUGCGGGAAAAGAAAUUCUACCCCCUCUCGGAGAACCAGAAGCGGCAAAUCGGCAACAUGCUCGCGCAGAUCCUGCGGCGCGAAGUAAACAAGUUUUGCGCCAAGCUGAGCCGCACCCGGUCUGCGGGAAGUUUGAUGUCGAACAAUAGCGGCAACGCGUCGCGAACAAGACACGGGUUCCGCACGACGAAAUUAGACAACACGUUUGCGGUGACAAAACAAGACUUUGAAACCAGGAAGAAGCUCGAUUUGUCCUGUCGCUUUCUCCCCAAGUACUUGGCGUUGUCUGGAAUGAAUACUGCGAAAACUAUACCGACCUACGCGACGGACGGGCCGAUCAUCACGUCGGCGCAGGACACAUCAACGCUCCAGCUGGUCCGGGAGACGUGCUUGAAAGGCUGCGAGAUCGUGGACUUGCGGGAUACGUUGGGCGUCUUGUAUCGGAGCAUUACGCCACACUACUGAUGACGCAGCCAAAAAUGAUCCUCGGAGUCGUUAUUGCAUUUUUGUUGUGCGUGUGGCGCCGCAAGCGCAAACUACAAGUGCAACGUAGUACACUCACACGACGGCCUUCGAGCCUCGCUUGAGGAAGCGCCGGAUGACGUUGAUGGCGGCUGACGCAAGUAGAUUAAUGACCUGCACCGCAAUGAUUAAUUUCAGCACAUGAUGCGGUCUUUGCAAAGAU